GACAUCGCAAGGAGGAGUCGAGUUACAGUAAGGAUGGGCAGUGGAGCGCGCGGCCGGAGCACACGCUCCAGCCGCGGGAGAUCAUAGCCGGGAAGGCAGGAGCCUGUACAGCUCUGCUCGCCCAGCCCGCCCGGGAGGAGGCACGCUCCGAGCUUCUGCUCCUCAAGCUGGAAACAUUCACACUGACCGUAGCAUGCCACGGCUCUGCUUGGCGUGCCAGCCCUGGGUGCGAGCAGAGGCUGAAGACGCCACAGUGGGGUUUCAGCUGGUUGAUUAAUGAGAAAAAUAAUGUAUUUUGGUGGCACAUGCCAGAGUCCUGCCCUCCCAGCCCUGAUCCGUCCGCCAGCCCCUCCUCUGCAGCCAUCAUUGGAUAUUAAGCCUUUUCUUCCCUUUCCUCUCGACACUGCGGCAGCAGUCAACCUAUUUCCCAACUUUAAUGCGAUGGACCCUAUUCAGAAAGCUGUAAUAAACCAUACAUUCGGGGUUCCUCUUCCUCAUCGGAAAAAGCAAAUCAUCUCAUGCAACAUUUGCCAGUUGAGAUUUAAUUCAGAUAGCCAGGCUGCGGCCCACUACAAAGGCACGAAACAUGCCAAGAAGCUCAAAGCACUGGAAGCCAUGAAAAAUAAGCAGAAAUCUGUCACUGCCAAGGACAGCGCAAAGACUACCUUCACCUCCAUCACUACCAAUCCCAUCACCACCAGCUCUGACAAAACAGACAGUGCCACAGGGACACACAUAAUACCAAGAAGUGUCGAAAUGCGCAAGAGCAGUGCAGUAACAACUGAGAUCACCUCUAAAGUGGAAAAAAGCCCCACAGCAGCAGCAGCCACUGGCAACAACUCAAGUCCUUCCACGGAGACUGAGGAAGAAAAGGCGAAGAGGCUGCUUUACUGUUCUCUAUGCAAGGUGGCUGUGAACUCAGCCUCCCAGCUGGAGGCUCACAACAGUGGUACUAAGCACAAAACCAUGCUAGAAGCCCGCAGUGGAAGUGGAACUAUCAAGGCCUUUCCUCGGGCAGGAAUGAAGGGCAAAGGACCUGUUAAUAAGGGAAACACAGGCCUCCAAAACAAAACAUUUCACUGUGAAAUAUGUGAUGUGCAUGUCAACUCGGAAACACAACUCAAACAGCAUAUUAGCAGUAGAAGGCACAAAGACAGAGCCGCUGGGAAGCCCCCUAAACCUAAGUACAGCCCUUACAACAAACUGCAGAAGGCAACACAUCCAUUGGGGGUAAAAUUGGUAUUUUCAAAAGAACCUUCAAAGCCACUGGCUCCCAGAAUUCUCCCUAACCCACUGGCGGCUGCGGCAGCUGCAGCUGCUGUGGCAGUGAACUCCCCCUUCAGCCUUCGAACUGCUCCAGCAGCUACCCUCUUCCAGACCUCUGCACUUCCUCCUGCCCUUCUGAGGCCAGCUCCUGGACCCAUUCGGACGACCCACACUCCUGUGCUCUUUGCUCCUUACUGAAUUCCAAACAGGAGGUGUUGUACUGCAAUAAUUUUUAAAACAACAAAACGAAACUAAAAUCAAACAAAAGAGAACUAUGCAGCGUUUAUUUAUAGUUUAAAGUGUAUCUGGAGAGCCAGGACUUUUAUAGUAAAAUGAAAAGAUUAUUUAAAAAAAAUAAAUAAAUAAAAAAGUGUGGGGGGUUGGGCUAUGGGGAGGGGAGGGGAGACGUGGCAUUUUUUUCCAAAUUAAAGCAUUCUUCUUGAACAUUGAUUGUUUUAGAAGUUAUCGCCAA